AUGUCAUCCUCUCCUGCACCGGAUUUUAUUGAUGCCAGCUUCUUGCGCCGAUGUGUACGAAAAGUAGCGGUCAAAGAGUUUUUCUUCAAUCCUAAAUCGUCCACUGGUGCUCUCAUUAUUUCUGAUACUAGCCCAGGCAAUAUAUAUUUUCUGCUUAUUCUUAUGAUGACCAUGCCUUGUAUUCCAAAAUACUGGUCUCCGAAAAGUAAUACUGGUGAAGAAGAAUGCGAGACGGAGACCCUAAAGUCGGACCCUCCGAUCGAAGACUCCGAAAAGGAUGGCGGCGCCCUGGAAGCGAAGAUGUCUCUCCUCAAUGGGAUCACUGUCAUCGUGGGCUCUAUCAUCGGCAGUGGAAUUUUCGUCUCUCCGACUGGCGUGCUGAAGUACACGGGUUCUGUCAACGCAAGUCUACUUGUGUGGAUCGCAUCUGGAAUUUUUAGUAUGGCGUUUAGACGAGGCAAUCGUGCAGUGCGCUGCGGUGCGAUCGGCGCCUACUGUUACGCUGAGUUGGGGACAAUGAUCCGCCUGAGUGGAGCCGACUAUGCGUACAUCAUGGAGACUUUCGGGCCGUUUGCCGCUUUCAUCCGACUCUGGAUCGAGUGCAUGAUAGUCCGACCGUGCUCCCAGGCAAUUAUUGCAUUAACGUUCAGCGUGUACGUCCUGAAGCCAAUAUUUCCUGAAUGCGAUCCACCUGAAGACGCUACGAGAUUGUUAGCAGCAUGUUGUAUACUGUUCCUGACGUUCGUGAACUGCUGGUCGGUGCGCGCCGCCACACGGGUGCAGGACUGGUUCACGUACGCCAAGCUGCUGGCGCUCUUCAUUAUCAUCACCGCCGGGAUCUACCAGCUCUGUAGAGGUAAAGUGGAACACUUCACGUUUGAUGGAACCACGAGUGACGUCACAUCUAUCGCCCUCUCAUUCUACUCUGGACUUUUCGCAUACAAUGGAUGGAACUACCUGAACUUCAUAAUCGAGGAGUUAAAGGACCCUGUUAGAAAUCUGCCGCGAGCUAUCGCGAUCUCAUGUACAUUGGUCACCAUAGUGUACACAUUGACCAAUGUUGCCUUCUAUACUACGCUGUCGCCAACUGAGGUGCUGGGCUCGGCGGCCGUGGCGGUGACGUUCGCGGAGCGGCUGUUCGGCUGGUUCGCGCUCAGCAUUCCGCUCUUCGUGGCCGCCUCCACCUUCGGCGCCGUCAAUGGCGUGCUGCUCACGUCUUCCAGGUCCCAACAAUGCUUUUUAUUUACUGACAAAGUGAAAUUUAUUUACAGGGCUAAGUUAUACUUAAAGUUCCACGAGCAACGUAUGUAA